AUGCUUCGCAAUCUUUUGUUGUUUGCAGGUCCAUUGGCUGUUGCGGCGGCGCCAUUCGCAGAUAUCAAUAGCUGCUUGACAUCCGCCAGCGUACCACAGAUCUUGAAAUCAGAUUCGAAAUGGGGGCAGACUAUUAAGCCAUUCAAUCUUCGUCUUCCAUUCACGCCAGUUGCAGUAGCAUAUCCAACGACAGUGGCACAAGUCCAGGCAGCGGUCUCCUGUGCAGCGAGUCUUGGAAUCACCGUAUCCCCAAAAUCUGGAGGCCACUCGUAUGCCUCUCACGGACUGGGAGGUGAAGAUGGACAUCUCAUGAUUGAUCUGCGUCAAUUCAGGGAUGUCAAGGUGGAUUCAGCGACUGGAAUUGCUUCAGUCGGUGUCGGUGCUCGUCUUGGAAAUGUUGCAACAUCUCUAUAUUCGCAAGGCCAGCGCGCCUUCUCGCACGGCACUUGCCCUGGUGUCGGUGUUGGGGGCCACGUCCUAGGUGGAGGAUACGGCUAUUCAUCUCGCACAAAGGGACUCGCAUCCGAUGCUCUCGUAGAGGCGUCGCUCGUUCUCGCCAAUGGCACUCUCGCAACCGCGUCCGCAACACAGAACCCAGACAUCUUCUGGGCGCUUCGAGGUGCCGGUGCCACCAGUUACGGCAUCGUCACCACAAUGAAGUUCCAGACGUUCGCAGCACCAAGCCAGAAUGUGGUGUUCAACUAUGGACUUAAUGUCAAUCAGGCGCAGAUGAAGAACGUGUUUUCUGUGUUGCAGGAUUAUGCUAAUAGCACUGCGAUGCCGGCGGAGAUGAAUAUGAGAGUGUUUAUUAAUAGAAGUGGUGUGAGCUUGAUGGGUGUUUUCUAUGGCACCCAAUCUGCUUUCCAGACUGCCAUCUCCCCUGUCUUGAGCAAGAUCGGGAAUCCAAGCGGAAGUGUUCAGACUAAAGGAUGGAUCGACACACUUACUGGAUAUGCCUACAUGCCCCUUGCAACUUCUUUGGAUUACGAUAUCCACGAGACAUUCUUCUCCAAGAGUCUCAUGACCGAACGCCUCAACGAUGCCGCAAUGACUGCAUUCUGGGCAUACUGGUACAACACUGCCCGCAGCAACACUCGCGAUUGGUACCUCAUCGUCGAUCUCCACGGCGGCAUCUCCUCCGCCAUCACCAAGCUCGGCGCAGAUUACUCCUCUUACGCGCACCGCAACGCGCUGAUCAAAUACGAAUUCUACGACCGUGUAUCCAGUGGUAGUUAUCCUAGCAAUGGAUUCAGUUUCUUGAAUGAUUGGGUUGCGACUGUUACAAAAGCUAUGCCAACCACACAAUUCGGCAUGUAUAUGAAUUAUGCAGAUCCAUCGCUUACGACGUCGCAGGCGCAGCAGAAUUACUGGUUGGGUCAUUAUGCGAAAUUAGCGGAGAUUAAGAGCGCGGUUGACCCAACGAAUUUGUUUAAUAAUCCGCAGAGUGUGGGAAGGAAGUAG